AUGACUUGCGACAGUGCCAGUCCAUGCGAUCUUGCCGCCUACCUCAGGGCGCUGAGCAUGCAUAGUCAAUCGGUAGAUGACUAUGUGCCUACAAUACUCGACACACAAGCACCAUCGCAGUUGUCGACGCAGGCAUCCAGCUCAGACGGGGACACGGAUUUGGCGAGCGAACAACAGUAUUAUAAACGACAUGAUCAAUCAGAUGAAGAUGAAGCCAUCGUGCACGUCGAGGGCGAGCACAGUUUGGGAGAAGACAAUCACCACUUGCAACCUGCCGAUGAGAUACUCGCAGGGUACUCGGAUGCAUCUUCUUGCAACUUCCAAACUCAUUGCCGAAAUCGAGAGAUGGCGUCAAGCCGCCGUAUGCAAUCUAGGAAGGGCAUUGAGAGCAGCAGUGAUAGCGAAGAUGACGAGAACGGCAGCUAUAACGACGAGCUUAAUACCGUCUACGACAGCGAUUUGGAUUCAUCGUUGGGCAGAACAGAUUGGAAUAGCCACUCUCAUAAGAUGAGAAAGUGGAAAAGCCUAGCCAAUGGAAGAUUCGAGAAGAUGCUUCUCGAUUGCAUCGUCAACACAGACAACAUCGCUCCAGACUACCAAGAUAUUUUCAUUGCCCGUUCUACGAUCGAAAAGCUCGAGCAAGUCACUUCGUUAUCGCUCCGACGGCCGAAAGCCUUCUCCCGCGGCGUGCUCAAGGGCAAUAAAGUCACGGGCGCCAUUCUCUACGGGCCCCCAGGCACAGGCAAAAGUAUUUUGGCUAGAGGGAUGGCCAGGCAGUCAGGUUUUAACAUGCUUUCCAUCUCAACUUCUGAGAUUUGGCAAAAGUGCCACGGUGAUGAUGAAAAGAUGAUCAAGGCCGUGUUUUCUAUGGCUAGAAAGCUGCAUCCCUGUAUCAUCUUCGUCGAUGAGGCCGACGCAAUGCUCGGCGCGCGCAAAGCCGGCGAGAAAAGACACAUCAGGUCGAUGCUGAACCAGUUUCUCAUGGAAUGGGACGGUCUGGUCACGGACAACAGGGCCCCAUUCGUCUUGCUGGCCACAAACAGGCCGUUUGACCUGGAUCCUGCCGUUCUUCGAAGAGCACCAGUGCAGAUCCAUCUCGACAUCCCCACGAAGGAGGAGAGAACAGGCAUAUUAGACUUGUUGCUUCGUGACGAGAAGUUGCAGGACAUCAGCCUGGGUGUUAUCGCCAAUCUGACCCAGAACUAUACUGGGUCAGAUCUCAAGAAUCUCUGCGUUAUGGCUGCUACAAACUGUGUUACUUCACAACCGAGAGACACGGCCGAGCGCGUCUUAACGAGGGCGCACUUCUUCUCGGCACUUCAGACAAUUCGUGCGACCAACUUAGGAAAAGUGAGCGCAAAUGAGUUCAAAAAGUUUGAGGGACGGUUGCAGGAGAACGGAGGGGGUUCGAACAGAAAUGAGGACGACGAAAACUAG